GGAGGACCAUGAGGAGCAAGAAGAAAGCACAACACAGCUGAACCAGGCAAGCUCAAGCAACAUCCAGUCUGCUUUCAACACAGGAGGUUCUAACACUGAUAACAGCAAUGAAGUUUUCUGGCUCUUUCUUGUACCUGGUUGCCUUGGCACUGCUGGUGCAUGGCGUGCCAGCUGCAAUGGGACGGAGGCUGCAUUUCGGGAAGUGUGUAGUCAGCGUCCAGAUUCACGAGCUGAGGGAAUAUUUCAGUGAGAUACGAAAAACAAUUGUUGGUGAAGAUGGGAACUCAGGUGUGCGACUGCUGAAGGAACAUGCAAUGAUGAAUAUUAAGCCCUUGGAGAGUUGCUGCUUCCUUCGUCAACUCUUGCGGUUCUACGUGGAGAGCGUGUUCAACCGCUACACCCCCAAGGACUCUCAGAUCAGGAGACGCACCAGCAGCCUAGCCAACUCAUUCCUCAGCAUCAAUCGAGACCUACGCCAAUGUCAUGCACAUCUGCACUGCCAAUGUGACGAAGAAACCCAGAAGAGAAUUGAAGCUAUCCAGAGCACUUUUGAAAAGUUGGAUGUCAAUGCUGCCACUGUGAAGGCCAUUGGUGAGCUGGAUUAUCUGUUGGACUGGAUAGAAACACAUCAUCACCACUGAAGACACACAUGAACAGCCCUUAUCUGGACAGUAAUGGUUUUAUUCCAUGAAAACGAGAGAGAGAGAGAGAGAGAGAGAGAGAGAGAGAGAGAGAGAGAGAGAGAGAGAGAGAGAGAGAGAGGUAGAUAGAUUCUUUUUUUUAAUUUAAUGUUAUUUAAAGUCUUUUUUGUUGGUGUUUUGCCAUGGCAUGUUAACUUAAACUAUUUAUUAACUUUUUUUUACAUACUUAUUUAAGGUAUUUAUAAGAAAAUGUAAGCUGUUAUAUAGUUGGGAAUUUAAAAAUGCACAUGUGGAUUGAAAGGAUAGAAUUUGGAUUUGCUAUUUAUUAUCAAAUAAAAAUACUUUGAAAUAUAACUUUGCAGUAUUGACUGAAUCUGUAUAUGGAAGCUUUGGCCUCAAGUCUGCUUGGGGCUCAGGCAAUGUUAACGACUGUUUUAAGGAAUGUUUUGUUUGGGGCAGUUUUUUUUAGUUUUUUAAAUCUCAUUUUUGUUAUCUCAUGAGAUUUUCAGUUCAACUUUGAUCAACUGUUUCAGAGAUAGUUAGAAGUUGAUUUACAUUUUCCAAAGAACUA